CAUUCCAACAACAAAGGAUCAGUUUUUCAAGAAGAUUCUGUCAGUGAGUAGUAGAGUUUGUGGCAAUGUAUAGUUCCCCUUGUAUUUUCAAGAAGAUCAUAAACAGCUCGAUCAAGAUUCUUAAAGGUUUUUAGCUCAAACGUAAGAUCAGUAUGUCUCAAUUGUAAGAACAGGUGUAGAAUAUCAAUACCCAAUAUUCUUUCUCGAUCUUCAGGGAAUAAAUUGAAUAAAAGAAGAAAGGAAGAAAAGAGAAGGGCAUCAGAUUCUUAAGACUAGUAGUGGAUAUGAACACCAUAAACAGAGAUUCUCUCUGCAGCUAAUAAAGUCAUUGGUUUUGAUCUGCAGCUAACAGACCGAACCAAAUGUAUAACCAACCAGAACCCGCCAGAAAACCGGUUAAGGGUAACAUGGUAUUGCCUAAACCGGUUCUUAAAAUUGUGCAACCAAAAAAGGAACCGAUGAAUACCCUGUUAACCUAACCAAACCAAUCUCACUUGCCAAGCCAAUAUCUUGCACCUUGGGAAGAGAUUCUUCCCAACGGAAAAGGCCCUUUAGAGGAAACUUCCUUUGCCUUUCUAGAGAAUUUCAUGUGAAAAUCAACUUAUUCAAUCAACAACAAGAACCAGAGGAAACUUUAGAGGCAGACAUAUAACGUAAGAGUUGUUAUUUCACCUUGUAUCGUGAUUUCCUGAUGGAAGCUGGAUUCAGCAGCCCAAUGACGAGGAGGAUUACAUCGUCCAGGAAGUUUCUCGCAAUCAGCUUGACGGUUUUGGCCGUGCUUUCACCGCUCUACAUAGACAGCUUAUCAGAAGAAGAUCCAGAGCCUGAAGAAGAACCAUUGAGCUUCAUGUUUUGGCUUCCUUUGCUGCUCUUCUUGCUGGUCUUGGCCAUUGUCUUGUCUCUUUACUUUGACCAGAGCUUGACCAGGUUUGAUCACUACUGGAUUCACAGGCUCUGCGGUUCAUUCGGUGGCUUACUCGUGAUUCUGAUUCUUCUUGCUUUUAUCUUGAAGUGUAAAAGCCUUUGCAUUGAACCUGAAUGAAACAGAUUCCUCAACUUCUGCAU